UCCUUUCCUUUCUUUUUGGUCGCCCAUUUGGUCGCCGUUUCGGUCGCCGUUUCGGUUUCGGUCUCGUCCAAACUCGUCUCCCCUCGUCUCGUCCACGCUCUUCUUUCGCUCCGUCUCACUCUCGUCCAAUUCCGCUUUCAGUCCCUUUCACCCUCUCGCCGUCCAAGCCAGAGGACUUCCCCGCCAUCCUGUCUCCUCCCGAUUGUCGCUGAUGGGAUCACCCCCUUCGCUCUGAUCCCCUUGCCCUCCCACACUCUCCUUUCCUUCAUCUCCCGCAUCUCACCCUUAUUGUUCGUCUGUGCAAAUGAGAGCCUCCGUUACCUCGUCCAACUCCCACUCGACAUGCUCGUCCGCCAAGACCUCAACCUCGCUCUCGACCCGUUCUUCCCAGAAACAGGCAAAGCCAUGCAACAACCCCUUCAUGGACCGCGAGCUCGUUGCCCUCUCGUUCAUGGUCACUGAUCCGAUAAAGGAGCUUGGAUGCGAGGGAACCCUGGACAUCUGGCUCGUCAGCGACACCAUCGAGGAGUUUGACUGCAUGCUCGAACGCUACCCCAACGACCUGCAGUUCCACCGCGAUGUUCUCUCUGUCGGUGCCGCUUUCCUGCGAAAGGCCAUAUGCCAGAAGGUCGGCUCUCAGGAGCGCUUCCAGGCCGCCACCGAUGCCAUCGAUUUUUUCUCGGCCAUCUGGGAGCUAUACCCGAAAAACCCUACCGCCGCCCGCAAGGCCGUCGCCUCGCUCAAGGGCGGCUGGUGGAAGACCGGAGGCACCGUGCGGGACUACAUUUCCGUUGCUGCCGAUGCCUCCCGGGGCAAGCGCUCGUGGCUGCCGUGGAAGUCCUAUGCGCCAUCCCCCGAGCUCUGCAAGUCGCCGGCGCCUGCCCCCGUCACCAUCUCGCCGGGUCUUGCGACGGUGUAAUCCACUCUCCCCCAUCCGAGCAUGCCACAGCCCAGCUCGGUGCUGUCGUUCGUGCUCUCUUCCUAUGGCACUGUCUCCGCACCCGUCUAUGGGCUACAUACUCCUCUGCCACUCCUAAUCUCUGGCUUGAUCGCGACCCCGACCCCGAGCAAGCAUGUUCCUCUGGAUCCUAUCAAGGUCGACUCGCCUGCACCCUCGAUACCGCCAUCUAUGCUCACUGUGCCUGGUGGGUCGAUGGAAUUCGAUCCUCCUCGAUGGU